UGUCACAUCACCGCGCACUCGAGAACAGAUAUUACAAUCUGUAUCUUUUUGCUGUCCGCGCAAAGCAUGGGAAUACGAGAAAAAGAGUCCAUUACAGCUCUCUGCGACGAUGAAACUCUUCAAACUGAGAUUUGGCCGUUCCCCUCAAAUUAGGAAUGUCGCUCCUUAGGAUGAUCGGAAUGGGAACAGCGCUUUCUUCAGGACCGGUGCCUAGCCCCAUCCGCGCUUUUGUCAAAGUUAAACGAAUACAGUCCUAACUAGUAUGGCCGUCUACAAAGUGUUUUCGGAGGGAUGGCAACUUUUAACAACCCUCUUCUGGUUAUCCGGAGACUCUUGCAAAAACUUGUAAUCAUGUUUUCCUUUAGUGUUAUAUGCGUAUCAAUGCUCUAUCUUUGGCUGGGAUGCUGCGAGUCAGACUUGGUGGACAUAUCACAAAACUCACAGCCGAUGCUUUUAACUGGAUCGAACAGAGAAAACAAAAAUAAGACCGUGCUGAGCGAAAUAUUAACGGCGCCUGGUUACGCGGUGGAGGGGAGCGUGGAUGUUAACAGCUCAGGAAAAGACUGGACCGCAACCCGGCGCCUUCCUCACGCUCUCAUCAUCGGAGUUAAGAAGGGAGGAACGAGAGCGCUUCUGGAGUUCCUGAGACUUCACCCGGAUAUACGAGCUCUUGGGUCUGAACCGCACUUCUUUGAUAGGCACUACACUCGUGGACUCAGCUGGUACAGCGUUGUGCUCCGAGGAUCUCUUUGAGCCGAGAGGAGGCAGAUUGUCAUCUUGCUGGGAGCAGAUGGAC